AUGAGGCUCCUCAACGCCAUCGUCGCCAUCAGCGUUAUGACCGGCUGGGCCGCCGCCAUUCCCGUCGACAUUGCCCCUUCUGCUUCGGGCGCUACAUCUCCCAACAUCCCUCUCGUCCCUCUCAUCUUAUCCAAGCGAAAGGCCCCGCACAAGCGCUGGUGGCGAAUCUUCGAUAGCGGCUGCACGCAGAUCGGAGGCGAGACCAAGCUCGGUACCGCGAAGUUUGUGCCCCUGACGUCCAAGCUCCCGUAUACCAUUGAGCUCUACAUCACCGGCAGCACCAACAUUCCGGAGGGGUACUUCUAG